AUGAUUGAGACAUAUAGCAUUUGGAACCUUCACGGGGAACAAUUAGAGCAUGCUUCGUCUUCAAAUGCCACAAGAGUGGACAAUGUUCAACCUAUUGUGGAUGCUAAUGAUCAAGUCAUGGAUAUUAUACAGGAUGUUUUUCCAUUUGCAUCAACCAACAUGAAUCAAGAAGAGCAAGAUGAUGUGCCUACACCAAUAGACAGUGCGGAGUUUGAACAAUAUGAAAAAUUGUUAAAAAAUGCCAACCAAGAGUUAUACCCGGGGUGCGAGAGCUUUUCCGUUCUCACGGCCAUUGUGGAGCUAAUGCACGGAAAAAUAAAGUAUCGUAUGUCGAACCUGUGUUUCGAUUACUUUUUGGGGGUUUUCAAGAGAAUGUUUCCGACGGACAAUUGUUUGCCGAAAGACCAUAAACAGGCGCAGAAGGUGUUGAAUGGUCUUGGAUUGGGUUAUGAAAAAAUUCAUGCUUGCAAAAACAAUUGCAUGUUAUUCUACAAAGAGCAUGAAUCGUUGGAUACAUGUCCUAUAUGCAAUGAGUCGAGGUUCAAGAUGACAUCUCAGAAUAGGACGACUAAGAUCCCACAAAAAGUCAUGCGUUAUUUGCCCCUGAAACCUAGGUUGCAGCGAUUGUAUAUGUCGACGCAUACUGCCACAAACAUGAGAUGGCAUAAGGAAAAAUAG